CAAUUCAGUAGUUGAAAAGCGGUCGAAGAGUGUAGACGUCCACGUUGUCGCUCGAAUGAAUCCCGCGUGUUUUUGUUACUCGGUGACAAGUGUUGUUUCAUACCCUUCAAGAAACGUGUUUGUUGCUGUGACACCGACGUGAUCAGUGGUUUGACGAUUUAACAUACUAGAAUCUAGGAACAGUUUGACAAGGUUCCAUGUUUAUGCAAGUGCUCGUUCAAAUGGCUUGCGUCAAAAGGCCGAAACACUGAACAACCUUUGCCUAAGAGUUUGUCUAAGAUAAGCGACUUGCCUUAUUUGAUCGUUCUGAUCUGAGCUAUUCAGGGCGAGCUCUCGAUUUUUUUGUUUGCCGUGUGCUUGCGCCCUUUUGAGACAAGAAUUCGUCUUAUUUGAGUUCAGUGUGUUGUCGGAGUUGUUUUGGGUGAGAGGCUCUCGUCGGUUUUCCAUUGCGAUAUUGGGAUGCCCUUUGGUUUUCAAACAAACUACUGUCAAAUCGGGAGAGAUUGGCAGUGGAAAAUUGUGUGCACAUUUCAAACGAUUGUUCGCAGGAGGAGUGUUCAUCCUUCUCCCUGUUCUCAUCCCUUCGAUUAGAGCUUUAGACGACGACACAGUGCCAUACUACCUACCUACAGUACAUACACGAAAGACCAAGAAGCCCGAGCAGAGUUCGUUCGUUUGUUCGUUCGUUCGUUGUCAUUCAGUUUGCGGAACGUGAUGCGCCAUUGCUCCACUCCAGUUUCAAAUCCACCCAAGUGAAAAACAAAAAUCAACUUGCACAUCUGAGUGUUUUCUCUCAUCAAGUGGUGUGUUUGCCAACGUUCUUCUCUCCAUGUGUGUGCAUGUGUGUGUCUCUUGAUGUCGGUGUGAGUGAGUGUCACAUGUAUUCAUACAAUAAGGUGAAAGAAAUACACACGACCAAGUACAGUUGGAACAGCUCUCCUGUUUUGCAUCCACUGGCAGUGAAUAGUGAGGUUGAAAUCGUGCCAUCGAGGCCUCAAUGAUUACGCGUCAUGACUAGUGUUCAAGCUCUUAGGAGCGCAUUCGAUUUCUGGAGACCUGUGCAUCUCAACGAAGAUGACAGUCUGUCUUUGGAACAGAUUACCAAUAGUUUUAGUGCUCCAAUUACCGAGGAGCACGCCUUUGCCAUCAUCUACGAAUGCUGCAAGACUUUGAAAAAUGUCUUCCAAGGCCAGAGAUCCAAUUGUACCGUGAGCGUGGUGUCGUCUUUGCGCGAUAUCUUUCUCCACAGAGAUGGCCGUGUCCAUGAAACCACAUUCCGGGCUCCCAAAUCCAGGCCCAGGCGAGACUCUGUGGACCGAAAUUUAGAUUAUUCAAGAGCCAUCACAGACUCUGAGGAGAAGGUGAUUACGGAGUUGGGCUUAGUCAUUUAUUCAGCCUUGGAUUUCGGCCUCAAGGAGAACGAGGAGCGGACCUUGACUCCAGGGCUGGAGAAUCUCCUGGAUCUCAUGACAUCAUUUGUCCGAAAAAUCCGAUCCCCUUCGUGGCAGUCAAGCCCCCGAUCUGCUCCACCCUCGGCUCCAUCGUCACGACACUGAUGACGAAGGCAUCGAGAAGGAUCACGACGAUUCGGAUCACUUUGACGGUCAUUUCUCAUCGGCUUCGUCCUCGGGGAGUAGCAAUGACCGGAGUUGCUACUUCAGCGGGCCCAGCUCGACCUCAGCCUCGUCAAGCGCCACCACAAGUCCGCCACCUCUCUCCACGGCUCACCCGUCUCCCUCUCCAUCUCCGUCAUGUCGAGGCCAUGCCGUUGAUCAGGUGUUGUGUCGCUGUGCCAACCAUUUGUCAGUCCGAAGCGAGGCCGAUGCUCAUUUCCGAGCCGUUUGUCGAGCUCUCGUUUCCGAGGCCUUGGAGUUGUCCUCGUUCCUGGAGAAGGGUCGCUUCUCAAUCACGCACAGUGAAGAACUUCAAGAUCUGGCCCUCCAAGACUGGGCCAAUUUAUGGAUUCAAACCCUGAGUGAACUCCGUCAAGGAGUCAAAUUGAAAAAGACCGAUUACACCAAGACGCCCAUCGAGUUCGAGCUCACCCCCUAUGAGAUCCUCAUGGACGACAUUCGAUCGAGGCGAUACAAAUUGAAUAAGGUCAUGGUGGAUGGAGAGAUCCCUCAAAGAAUCAAAAAGGAUGCCCAUGAUAUCAUCUUGGAGUUCAUUCGAUCUAGGCCGCCUCUUAAACCGGCAUCACAACGAAAACUUCAGCCUUGUCAAACAUAUGUGACCCCUCAAGAACGUCUCAUGCAAGAAAUCCGCUCCAAGGACCCCAAAGAAUUUCUCCGGAAGACACCCGGACCCCGACAGCCUCCGAGGCCGAUUCAAAUGGAACGGUCCUAUGUGGGCACAUCCAUCAAGGUGCAUGUUAAUGGGCCCACCCCGAAUACAUGCCCUGUCUCCUGGUCAUCCAUGUCUCAUGCCAAAUCCAUGUCCUCCUUGUCAUGGGCCAAUAGCAACGCCAAUGGCUGCCGUAACGUCUCGUCUCAUUCCACCAUCAACGUCAGAGGCAAUAACUUCCAGAAUGAAAGCGACGAAGACGCCGACCCCGACCGAUCCUCAUUGUGUCCGAGUCCAGUAAAGAAACUGGUUCGGCCCGAUCCCUCCUUCAUGACGUUCAACCCGGACGACGAUGACGAGGACAUGUUCUCUACCCUCAACGGCCAUCAUCAUCGUCCCCAACGACGAGUUCAAUGGCAGAGUGAUGCCUUGGACUUGGCCGUCCCACCGUCCACGUCAAAUCCGCAUUCCCGAAAUCCAUCCCCUCGUCGAGUGACUCUGCACACCCCGAGUCAUCAUGCUCCGUCUCACGACUCUCCGGAUCACUCGCCUGUCGUUCUAAGGCGUUCCAACCGAAAGACCUCCCAAUCGUUCCUCCACAACGUAAGUUCCAGCUCAGCUCAUCUCCGAGCUGCUACUGGCCCCUCGGGGAGUAGAUAUGCUCGAGCCGUGAGGGCCAAGUCUGCCAUAAUCCUAACACCUCCCACACAAACGUCCAGUAUGACUAACCUGUACUCGUUACAACCACAGCCUCCUCUGACCGCACUUAACCCUCACUUGCCUAACACGGAACCUUGUUGUUCCUCCGCGUCCUCGAUCUCGUCCUCGUCCCCUUCCUCUUCCUCUUUCCUUUCCUCCUCCCGUUGGUCGAGACUCCGAUCCACGUUCUCGAGUAAGAAUAACCCUAACACUAUUAAACACAACCCUGCCCACCAAUCCACGUCGUCUCUGGCGUACACCAGCAUGCCAUACCAUAUUGCGGGUCGUCCAUGUUCCCUUCAUCAGCAGGGCCCAAGAGCACCUCCACCGGUCAAUCCCCGUCAGAUGCCCGAACUCCCGCCUUUGGUUCGGGCUUCAUCCACCAGUACGUUUUGCGCUCAGACGUUUCUCACGAGCACCCCGUUGAAACGAACCACUUCGUACUUGUCCACUUCCUCAAGACCGGCCUUUACCCAGCGAGCUUCAUUCCCGCCCGAGGAUCUGAGUCCGGUCACGACUCCACUCGUGAUCUCGGGACUGACGAGAACGGCCCGAAAACUAUCGACGCCUCAAUCCUCGACCCCGCCCAAAGGAGAUCCUCAAUCCCUGGUCUCGUCGACCUCCCACAAUCAACGUUAUCAAGUGCCAUCCAAGUCUUCCAGCCUCAAAACGCAGUUGACCAAUAAAUUUUCCCCCAGGCGUCAGUUGCCUCGUGUACCUGAAGCUAGCACGGUUAAGCCCGAUAAGUUUGAUCAAUGGGCGUCCGCCUUGCAAACCUUGGACUUGACUUUGGCCGAAGUGGUGCACAUUCGAUCGGUGCUGACCAAGGCUGAGCUCGAAAGUCUAACCAUCGAUACCAAUCUCAGAGACGAUUUGGAAAAGAAGAAAGUCUGCUUUCUGUGCAUGAAAACCAGAUUCGGCCUUUUCACUUGGAGCUACGAGUGUCAGCUUUGUCAUCAUACGGUCUGCUCCGGGUGUCUCUCCAAGAUGCGAAUCCCAUCGGAGCAUUUUUCGAAUAUUCCCGUCUUCGCUUUGAGUCCAUUGCCAUCAAAGGAGGAGGAACGCGACAGCCGUUUGUUCUCAUUCUCGGCCAAACGAAGAGGCUCUUCAUUCUUUCCCGAUUCCGAUGUCCCUUCUGCUACUUCGGAGAUUGACUCGGAUCGCCGCAGAAAAUCCAUGAGUGAUCGGGUGGAGAACGGGGACAUAAUGCAAAGUUUGCCCGCUAACCGGUCAGAAUCGAGCCCCAAAAAGGAGUCCAAGGUCAAGUUGCGGCGCUCGAACACCGUGUCUCACAAGCAGAAACCGGACACCUCGCCGAGUAGUCAAGUCAAUGUGUGCAUUGAUUGCAAGGAAAUGAUUCUUCAAAUCGUCCGAACCCAGAGGGCCACCCGGAGACAACAAUUCACCAAGUCCUUGUGCCUGUCAUAAUCGUGGCGUGUCCAUGAACCUGAUCACCACGAUUUUCCGCUUACGAACUAAUGAGAGAAGACUGCGUUGUUUCGCAAACCACUCGCUGGCUGUGCUAUCUAAUUUCCCUCUCCCGGGCCUUCCCCAACCUGCUUACUACCUAGUACUUAGUUUUGUCAAGCUUUUAUUGAAGUUGUUACGUAUGUCGGCCAUGUUCGUCAUCGUUAUUCAUUGAUAUCAUGUUCAUGUGAUAGGUGAUUUGUUCGUCAUUGAUCCUUAUGUUAUCCGAGGACAACGUUUUAAUCAUGGUAAUUAAUGAUUAUUUCACAUAUAAUGUCGCCGUUGUCGUUGUACUGAGACUGAUUUCGAUGCAACAUGUGUCACUUGUCAGCAUCUGUAGGAUCCCAUGUUAGUAAAACUUCAAAUCCUAGCAAUAAACUAGUCAGUCCAAUACAUGUUGUUGAUCCGAUCCUUAUCGAAUUUACGGGCUGGAAUAAAUUAUGCGAAAAAUUGUGAA